GUGAGCCAAGUCUGAGAAAUGGCCGUUUCAUUUUUUCCCCUCUGAAGCGCCAGAGAAAAUCUCUUUCCUCCAAAAAAAUAAACGACGCUCACAAAACAUCACAAAGAGGCAACAACCAACCAGAACAUCACGACACACACCAUUGCCGCUCUCUUCUGCCGUAAGAUGUCCUCGUCUGCCAUGUCGACUCCAAGCAAGGUCCGAGGCACGGACCACUUGCCAUCUUUGCAGGAAACGAAGAAACCGCCACUAGUAGGAAAGGCAGCGGCCGUUGUCAACUCGAACAGUCAAUCGAGCGAUGUCAUGGAGACUCCUGUUUGCAAAUCUGCAAAAGAGGCUAUCGCUGAUGAUGUUACCGUCGUAAAAGACAAUCUCAACGGUCUUUCUGUGGGAAAUCGUCUACCAUCGUCCAGCGAACGACGACGCGAGAAGCAAGAACGUCUGGCCAACGACAGCCCAGGAACGGCAUUUGAUAACCUUCUCAUUGAUUACCAUCGGCAGAAGCUGAGACCAGAGGCUCGAGCAAGGAUGGAAGCGCUCGGAAUCGAUCCGGGACUCAGUCCUACCACUGCUAUCUGUGCUUCCUUAGACAAAGUCGAAGCGACGAACAAACGCCAGAUAGAUCGGCUGAAGCUGAGACCAGAGGCUCUCGCAAAGUUGGAAGCGGCCGGAAUCAAUCCGGAGACGACUCCCAACACUGCUGUGUGUGCAAUCUUAGACAAAGUCGAAGCGAUGAACAAACGCAAGGUCGGGCCAGACGAUGACGCUGUCGAGGGCCUGUCUCAGCAUCUUCGAGCCACAUUGGGCGACAAUUAAGUUUCCAACCUACACCGCAGAGUUCGUGACCCGCUUCAAGGAGUACGCCCCAGUGUGGAAGAAACAGCAGGAGAGUUGUGGUGAGACAAUUAUUCACGAACCGGACCACUACGUCUACUCUACACCACAAAAGAAAGGGCGAUCUCGCUCCGACGAUGAGAGUCAUGGACCAUUGUAAAUUGUAACUCUCGAGUGAUGAGUCGCUCGAGUCGAGUGACAGUCGAAUCGAGUCGAGUCUCACAACAACAAUCUUCAAAACGUAAAAGCUGUGCAAUCUACCAGUACAGCGGGUCGUCAUGUGAGAAGACUCUCGAUGCUGCAGCUUCGUUACGGAAUCGAACUGUCAUUCACGAUUCGAUUCAAACUGCGAAAAUAGCAAGAAACAAUCAAUGAUCGUGUAUGGGGAGCUAUGGGGCCUCUCUUAUUGACUACACUAUCAUAUGUCACGAGUAGUAAUUGCUAGUAAUGUAUUCAAUGGAAACAUGUCAU